GUUCAGGUGUCAGACAAUGAGCUUAAUUAGUACAGAGAGCAUGUGGAGCACUAGUAUAGCUACCUUCACUUCACAGCACAAAGCGCUGGUCUCUAGUACAAUCCUCUCAGGCAGCUGUGGACAAGUCAAACAUGGUGUAUGGACUGUCUUUCAGUGUUUCUUGGAUCUGUCUGUUGUUCGGCAGUAGCGCUUGUUUUCCUGUACCAAAAGACUACAGAUAUCCCUACACUGCUACCUGGGGCUCUGAUGGUGGAAGUACUCCUGAAUCAAACCUUCAGUCUGAAGACUUACGCCCUCCUUUGGUGAACCUGCAGUAUGGCCCCUUUGCUACUUAUCAGCAGCCUGAGGCAGACCCCCAACGGGCCAGCUUUCCCACUGGAAACCAGUCCCCAUCCGGACUAGGAACUCCCAGUGUGGCUGCAGGCUUGUCACCAAGUUAUGAGCCAAACAGUUUUAUUGUGAGUUAUGAUUCCAGCUCUAACAAACCCUCCAGUACUCUUUCCCAGGGUGCAGGGUAUUUCAGCCCUACUGCUCGUCCACUUCCACCUACCGGCACAAGGAAGGAGACUCCUAGCUUCUCUGUGCAGUCUCACUCUGUUGCUGGUUCCAGUGAAAACGGCAAUAUGGAUUCAAGUGGGUCAGCAUCCGAACCAGUGUACAAGGCUUCUCCCACAUACACCGCUGCUGGGGUCAUGGUCAACACCUUGGACUUUGGUGAUGGACCUGUUCCUUACGUUGGUGCUCCUGCAACCAACACCUAUGAGGCUGGAUCUCGCCCUUUUGCCGUCAAGCGCCCUGCAACACAAGGCGCUCUACAAAGAAGUCUCAACACAGCUGCCACAGGCUGGCUUGAUGACAAAUCUGUUCCCUACGGCGAUGCUACCACAAGCUUCAGGUUUGGGGCUAAAACUUACGCCCCUGCAACCUACAACUUGGAUGGAUCUGCUUCCCAGGGUGCAGGGUAUGUCAGCCCUACUGCUCGUCCUCUUCCACAUACCAGCACUCCAAGCUUGUCUUUGCAGUCUCAGUCUGUUGCUGGAACCAGUGGAACCUCCAAUAUGGGUCCAAGUGGGGCAGCAUCUAAUGCUGGGAACAAAGUCACUACCCUGGACUUUGGUGGUGGACCAGUUUCUUACAUCAGUUCUCCUGCAACCUACACCCAUAAUGCUGGAUUGUAUCCGUAUGCCAGCAAGCACACUGCAACACAAGGUGGUCAAGCAGGUAUUAACACAGCUGCCCCUGGCAAGCUUUAUGAUGGACCUAUUUUCUACUCGUAUCCUUCCGCUGUCACUCCUGCAACCUACCACUCUGGUGAUGGCCCUGCUUCCCAGGGUGUAGGGUCCAUCGGGCCUAGUUCUCAUUCCCUUCCUCACACUGGGAAGAAGACUCCUAGCUUCUCUGUGCAGUCUCAGUCUGUUGCUGGUACCAGUAGAAAUUCCAAAAUGGGUUUUGGUGGGGUGGCAUUGGGCCCAGUCUACUGGGCUUCUCCAGCAUACCCUUCUGCUGGGAACGUUACCACAACCUUGGACUUUGGUGAUGGACCUGUUCCUUACAUCAGUGCUCCUGUAACCUACCCCUAUAAUGCUGGAUCUUAUCCUUAUGCCAACAAGCACCCUGCAACGCAAGGAGGUCAAACAAGUCGUAACACAGCUGCUAACGGUGGGCUAGAUGGACCCGUUCCUUACGGCAGUGCUCCUACAAACUUCGGGUUUGGUGUUGCACCUUUUCCUUCCGCUGCUCCUGCAUCCUCCAGCUAUGUAGACAGAGCUGGUUCUGCCCCUGGCCUUUCUUGGGCCUCGCAGCCCGAAAGGGAAACUGACUCCUUGUUCCCAGACUUCUCUGCAUUUGAGUCUCUGCCGCCAUCUUCAUCCAGAAAUGGCUACCAGCGAGCGCUAGAAGCCCUUUCCCAAAGUACUCACUCCGUGUACUAUGAGCCACCAGUCUUUGCCUUUAAGGCUGUCAAAACACCACCCAAGACUCUAAGGGAGUAA